AUGGGUGAAAUUUUAAAGAGAUAUAUAUUUGUUGGUUGGUUAGAUAUGAAAGAUCAUAAAUCAAAGUCAUCAAAGAGUAAAUCUUUUCAAGCCAAUAAAGAUACCUAUUGUGAUUUCAACUCUGCACGUAAUAAAUGGGUGAUGAGACCACCAGUUCAUCCGAUUCCACCAUUCAACCAAAGAGUACAUCCUCUUGCUAUUCUGAUUGGUUGGAUCAAUGCACAGCCUCAAGCACUCGAGAAAUACACAACACUCUAUAAUAAUGCUGGUUUCUUUACUAUAUCAAUUAUACCUCCUAUAUUAGGACAUCCGUACCCAAGAUAUUUUAGUGAUUUAGCAAGAGAUUUUCUUGAUUACCUCUUGGUGGAGAUGAAUCAACAACCUAGAUCAAUUAUCAUUCAGGUAUUCUCUGGUAAUAUUGUAUUUCUUUCACAUAUUCAAUAUGUUUUAAAGGAUAAAAAAUAUUCAAGUUUAUUACCAUUGAUAAAAGGAGAGAUAUUAGAUAGUUCACCUUCAGAGUUAACAGUUCAUGGUGGAAAGAAAUCAAUGGCAGCACCAUUUCCAGAUACAUGGUUCUACCGAAAAUUGAUCUCAACAGCUUUUACUUUCCUAACUUUUUUAGUUGAUAUAUCAGAGAUAAACAAAGAUUUUUGGUUUAGAUUUAAAGUUUCCGCUAUAAAAGAUAAACCAAAACUUUAUAUUUACUCUUUAGAUGACCCUGUUACACCUUAUCUUCACGUUAAGAAGGCAAUGAAUCUGAAUAGACACGAUAGUUCAACGGUGAUAGGAGUAGAUUCAAGUAAAGUUGUUGUAGCUUCAGCAAAUAAGAAUGUUGAAGAUGGUGAAAAUGAUAAAGAAAAUCAAUGUUAUGCAACACAAAUGAGAAAUUAUUUUAUAAAGGAAGCAUCGAAAUUAAAGGAAACACCGAUAAACUCUGUUGACAUGAAGCGAUAUAUGAGACAUAAAUUCGAAUUCAUCGGUCUGAAGCAACCUGCCAGGAAAACGAUACUAAAGAAUUUCCUCAGUGAUCACGGACGUCCUAAGGAAGAGGAUCUGCUCAGUAUUUACAAGUUACCGGAGCGUGAAUUCACUUAUUGUGCAAUAGAGUUGGCCGAGCCCGACGCAAAGAAGAAAGAGAAAGCGCCACCCAGCAGGCUGGCAAUGUAUCUAGAAUUUGGAUUGCAUCAACCCUGGUGGGAUACAAUCGAUAUUAUCUCAACAAAGUUGGUUGGUCAACACUUUCAGCUGUAUCCUGACUUGAUCGGUGUGAGUAUUGAUAAAUGGUUGGCACAGGAAUCGAUUUGGAUCAAGCGAAUCGCCAUACUCUUUCAACUAAAGUAUAAGAAGCAAACCGAUACCGAGCUUCUCUUCAAGUGUAUCGAUAGUACCUAUUUGAAACAUGCCGACGAAUUCUUUAUACAGAAAGCAAUCGGGUGGUCACUCAGAGAGUAUGCCAAGACUGACAAGAAAACCGUAAAGAAUUUCAUUGAAAACCGACCAAAUCUAUCAAAUCUAACAAUGCAAAGAAUUAUAAAAGAUAAAUUAAAUAAUAAUAAUAAUAUUAAUAGUGUAAAGAAAAUAGAUAAGAAUGAAAGUAGUAGUAAUGAUAAAAAUACAUUAAUAAAGAAAAAAGAUCAAGUUAUAACAACUUGUUGUAAACAAAUAAAUUCAGUUACUUAUGAAUGGUCAAUAGCUUUACCAUCUCAUCCAAUUCCACCUUUUGAUUUGAAAGCACAUCCUCUGACGAUAUUAAUUGGUUGGAUAGGUGCACAACCAAAGAAUCUAGAGCGUUACAGUAAGAUCUAUCGUGAGAAUGGUUUCUGUACACUUUCAUUUAUACCACCUAUAUCAGGACAUUUCUUCCCAAAAAAGAUGAAAAAGAUAUCAAUAAGUCUAUCGGAAUACCUAUUGGAACAGAUCAAUAGUACACCUAGGUCCAUUAUCAUACAAGUAUUCUCUGUAAAAGGUCAAAUAUUUGAUAGCUGUCCUGCUGAAAUCUCAGAGAAAGCAGCAUACACAUCAUUGGUAGUACCAUAUCCCAAAGCCAAAUUGUACAAAAGAGUUGUUGGAAUGACAUGUAAACUCUACAGCACAGUCAUAGAUGUUCCAAAGUUAAAUAUGUUAUUUUGGUAUAGAUUAUCAAACUGUCCUAUAUCAGCACCACAAAUGUAUUUCUAUUCACUUGAUGACCCUAUUACCAGCUACUUGGAUGUGGAGAAGGGAAUCGAAGUAAUGCGUAAACAAAAGAUAACCGUUACGGCAGUUCAGUUUGACCAAUCGAAGCACUGCAAUCACCUUGGUUCACAUCCAAUGCAAUACCUAAAGGGACUCUAUAAAUUCUGGCAAUCGUCACUAAAACCUCGAGACUUGAGUAGCAGUCUUACCAACAAGCCAUCAAACUAUCAAAACAUCCUGAGUUCACUUGGUCUUAAAAUGCUAUGGUUUUUUAUCUUUUGCUUUGUUAUUCUUCCUAUUUCUGUAUCCUAUUUGUUUUUCAAUGUAAAUUUAGAGGAAAAGGAAUCAACUUUUUGGAUUUAUCAAAAAGAUGUUAAACAAAUUCGAGUUCUUAUUAAACAUAAAUAUAAGAAUAAUUAUAACAAUGAAUGGUUGAAAAACAAAAUCAUUGAUUAUAUUGGUAUCACUCGCAUCCCAUCAUUAGAGGUUCAUCUCUCACCAUGUGACGAAAAUGGAUUGCAAAACCGACCUACUCUUAAUCCUAUCGAUCCUUUUCAACUUCAUUCAGGUAGUAGAUUGUUCCUUGAAAUUUGUGAUAAAGAUUGUAGUUCAUCUACCACCAAUCCAUCAUCAUCACCUAGAUUUAGUAAUUUGGAAGACUACAACGAUAAGUUUAGGACGUUGGUAAUCGAGAAGACACCUGGUGGGGCAAAGGAAUUCACUUCUAUCACUGAAUGGAACUCACCUCAUACACUCUAUCUUCCAAAGAAUCCAAACUUGGGAAUUGAUCUACUUCUAACACCUGGUUGUCUUUUCCAUAUUGUCAGUACCAACAAAGUUGGUAGUAGCAAAUCAAUUCCAAGCGAAACGAUUCAACAAUAUAUAAAUCAACUUCAAAAAAUUCACUUUCACCAUAGAAAUUCAGAACCACUAAAAAUCUAUCUCAUCUCGGUUGUUCCAGAGGAUACUCCAGAAUACACCAAACACCUAGAAUACCAAGAUUUGACCACUAUGUCCAGUCAAGAAGAUUUCGAAAGAAACAACGGAAUAUCUCAAUGGAAAUAA